UUGUAAUUUUCUUAUGGAAAUAAAUUCCUCGAUUCCAUGGUCCUAAAACUAGCCUCACUCCCGAUGGAGCAUGACUUUGAGCUGAAUUCUCUGGAUGAAAAUCUGAAACGAGAAAUAGAGGGCCAUCACUUGUCAGAAAACAACAUUAACUGUUGCGGAAAUACCGACCAUCGGGGAGUUCAAGUCAAUCUAAUGGAGCAGCAUCUUCAACAACACCAGCCUGGCGCUGGUGUUUUUCAAUUUCCUGGCGUAGAAAUGCUUUGCCCUGCGGUAGGCUCGCUGCCAGGAGGGGUAAGACGCUCCGCUGUGCUUACUGCUAGUACGCCGGGAUUCACGCCAGACUACCACCACCCAAGUCUGCCGCAGUCGCCGCCGUCGGUUGAUGCCGUACCUUCUGACAGUCCUGCCAUGCAACCAGACGGUAGGACAAAUCUAGUGGAUGAAAAUAUGAUGUGGCCAUUAGAUCUCCGAGCAGAUAUAUCCGAAAUGGACAAUUGGAUGAUGCGACGUAGCUUUGGAGAUAUUUUAGCCGCACAAAAUCUCGAGGACCAUCAACAACAAACCGUGACAUCUGUUAUUCAGCAGCACAUUCAACAGCAGCAGCAACAACAGCAACAGCAGCAAAAACUGAAUGGUUGUAUGAAUGGAUACGGAGGCAGCAUCGAAUCCGGUCCUCCUUCAUCGCUCUCUGGUGGCUCUUUCACAGGCAGCGAUGAUUGCGAUUCCUUGACAGACAUACCAUCUCCAUCGUUUAAUCAAGUAUCAAAUGGAAGUGGAGGCAAUGCUGUUAGUAGGGCAAUGUUAAGAAUGGACCCCAGUAGCGAACCGGAUGCUGGUUUGACCGAUGAUCAACUCAUCCAUAUGUCUGUCCGGGACCUUAAUCGCAGACUUCAUGGCUAUCCUCGAGAAGUGAUUCAACGCAUUAAGCAGAAAAGACGGACUCUUAAAAACAGAGGCUAUGCUCAGAACUGUCGAACAAAGAGGAUAGCUCUGAAGUGUCAGUUAGAGAAAAAUAAUCGUAGUUUGAAAGCUGAACUUGAAAGGCUUAUGCAAGAAAAAGAAAUCGAAAGGCAAGAAAAAGAACGAGCUUAUCAGGAACGAGACAGGGCUUUACAAGAAAGAGACUAUUUCAAACAGCAAUUGAAACAGCUGUUCAGGUCCAGAGAAUGUUCCCAACAAGGAUCUCUGUCGUCUAGUUUGUCCAACACAAACGCUAGCAGUCCAAGUUCGCCUGAAUUCUAUAUGUGACACCAAGCGCUGGAGAUGUCAGUGAUCAACAGUUAUCAUUGCAGGUCUGAGGUAUCGGCCACUUUCUAAAUCUGGUGAAGUGAAACGUCAGUAAAAGGCUGAACUGACCACAUCACAAAAAACACAGCAAGUCAAUUACCUUUAUUGCCAACAAACAGAUUAUAACUUUUGAGACUCUUGAUUAGCUUGCCGGAAUGAAAGCAAUAAGUGCCAAAACGUGUUUUCAAACCAAAAGCAAGAAUUGUUGUGACCACAAGCUUCCUUUUUUUGUCAGGUUAUUAUUAUCUGAUAAUCUUCUUCGAACUAUAAACAGAGUUCAGCAAACUCUCUCGGUCUACAAGAAUUUUAAGAAUACUCGAUACAUAAGCCUAUUGUGGUCCUAAUGAUGGCUGAAAUUUGAAAAGAAACUGAAUUAUAUUGUCUAUUUUAUUAGAAAUUUGUAUUUGUGGAGAAGUUUGUGGACUUUUCUACAAUGAAGAAAAGUGAUAUGUAAAAAUGAAAAAGAUUUUUUUAUUAUUGCAUCUCAUACAUUUAAAUGUGUUACAAAAUUCAAAGUGCAAAGUGUUUCUGAAGCUUUUCUCCCAAGACUGAAUUUUAGUAGUGUGAGUCACAGAAAUCUUUGCAUGGGAAAAUAAGUUUAUUUAUCUAACUAAGAACUGUUAUUUUUUUAGCUAUUGAGUAAACUGUAUUUUUCGUUUUCGUUUUUGUUUUUAAUCAUUCGUCGACACUGUGCCAAAAUCACGAAUCUGCAAAAUCGUAAGUGCAUUUAAAAGUUCGGGAACGUAAUGGUGAAAAUUCGAGUUAUAAUUUUACGUUAUAAAUUUUAUAUACCUCUCAGAGAAUAUUCGUAUUUUUCUUUAGCCAUUCAACGUUUGAAAGCAACCUAGAAAGAGCGUUUAGUUAAAAAUAGCAAAAAAGGCAGCUUGGUGUUUUGGCAUAGUGCCUGCAGAUAUAUACAUAUAUAUCAUCCAUUAAAUAAAUGACUCAGAUAUUAUGAACAGUAAAAUAAAAUAUUCUUUUUAUAAAGUAACUAAAAUUCACAAAGAAUGAACAAAUUAUAAACUGUUUGCUUAAUAUAUAUUACUUAAAUCAAAUGCAUUCAAUGAAAUCACCUAAAUAAUUGUGAUGAUAUAAUGAAAUACAUUUUCAAUAAUUUGAAGCAUUUUAUCAAAAAAUAACUUCAUAAAAUUAAAGGAUGUUAAAUAUUAAAACAGAGGGAACGAUUUUAUACAAUUGGUUAGUAUUAUAAUCUUAAAAUACGAGUGUGAAAUGUCUAAUAAUUUUAGCCAUCUGUGAUACCCACCGCACCUCAUUUGUUUUCACAAAGAUGGUAUUUUCAAAUAUUUUUCAAAUGCCGAAAGAAAUGGGCAAGCCAAAGUCCUAUAAAUUAUAUCUGAAGUAGAGAAGAAUUUGAGAAAUUUGACGAUAAGAAAACCUGAAAUUUCGUGGAAUGUUCGAAACAUUAUUUUAUUGUUUAUACCUAAAAAGUGUAAUAAAUAAAUGAGAUGUUUUUUAAUUAUUUUUAGCCACGUUUAAAAAAUUAUUUUUAUUAAGAAUUUUUCAAUGUUUAUUUUUUUAGA